AACAACAAACUCCUGUAGGAAAAGGAAUACGUCGCCUCAUAUAUAUGCCUACAUAAAGAGUCAAGAAGUUGCACAAUUUCUCGCAACAAUUUCUCCCCUUUGUUUCAAAAAUCUCUUUUUGCUUGCGCCUCCUUCAGCAGGUAAAACACCAUGGUAGCAAAAGAUCCCAGAAAAAUACUACAAUUGAAACCACUGCUCAGCAAAGCCAAUCAGUUUUCAGAAAAAUGCGGAUCACAAGAGCACAACCCGAAAUUCCUCAACAUGUACUGCAUGACUUGCAACAUUGAACCGCUGUGCAUAAUGUGUUCGGGAAGCAAAAUAGAAUCUGCGCAUAGAGAACUGGGUCAUAAGGUUGUUCAAGUUCAGAAAUCAACAUACCAGAACGCACUCAAAGCGAAGGACGUUACGGAUUGCAUAGAUGGUUCUGAUAUUGUGCAGUGCAUUAACAAUCACAAGGCCGUCUUCAUUAUUGGUACACGAGGAGAUCCAAAGAAACAUCGUCUUUUCGUCACUGAACAAGACUGUGUCCAUUGUGGGUUUGCGCUCAAGCCCACCAAUCCCCAACCUAAUGCAAAAUACUGUUCUAUCGAAUGCAAGGUGAAGCAUAUAGAGAACUUGCCCGCCUAUGAAAGCACAAGAACAGAUACAGAGAAUUUGCCUCCUCCAUUAGAUUUAAGUGCGACAACAUCAAGUCAGCCUGAUAAUUUAUCAUUGCCAGGUUUAAAUGCAACAACAGCGAAUCAGCCUGAUAAUCUAUCAAUGUCAAUAGCACCCACUGCAACUUCGCUCAAAUGCCGGGCACGUAUGAGAAAGGGGAUUCCACGCAGAGCACCUUUCUUCUAAGAAAGACUGAAGAUUUCCACGUUCUUUUGUUCAUUUGUUGAGAUAGUAGAAAAUAACAUAUAAGGAUAAAAGGAAAAGUUUUGAUGUGUUUACUUUCAUCAGAGAACAAUUUAGGCUCUGUUUGCUUUAGAAUAUAAUUUCUUGAAUGUUCAAUUAGUUCUUAAUCAACAGACCAAUCUUUGUACCUUCUUUAU